UGGUCAUCCCCUUACUCUGCAGUCUCUGUCAUCCCCUGUACUGUCUGCAGUCUCUGGUCAUCCCUGUACUGUCUGCAGUCUCUGGUUAUGUCCGCAGACUGUACUAUAUGUCCGCAGUCUCUGGUCAUCUCCUGUAGUAUGUCCGCAGACUCUGGUCAUCUCCUGUACUGUGUCCGCAGUCUCUGGUCAUCUCCUGUACUGUGUCCGCAGUCUCUGGUCAUUCCCUGUAGUAUGUACGCAGACCCUGUAGUAUGGUCCGCUCUCUGUACUGUGUGUCCGCAGUCUCUGGUCAUCUCCUGUACUGUGUCUGCAGUCUCUGGUCAUCCCCUGUACUGUGUCUGCAGUCCAUUGGUUCCAAAUAUUUUUUUUCUUGUUUUUCACCUCUAA